UUUCUUGUAAACUAAAAUUAAAAAUAUAAAUAACCCACUUUUUUAUUUUUAUCUGUUAUUAUCAACAAAAUAGUUAUUUGUUUAAUUCUUAUUUAUAGCAAUGAAAAGUUCCGCCUCAACAAAUAAAGUUGUUAACCCAUCGUUUAGUGUAAAAACGAAAAAGUCUUCAAAAGACCGUGAAAAACGUAAAUCGUCUAGUAGCACAGAAAAAUUGGAUAAUAACAGCGAGAAAGGGUCCCCAAAUAAAGAUGGAACAGUCAGAAAAUACGCUGGAAUUGGUCCUGAAUCAAUAUUAACGUAUUCGGAACAAGCAGGAUUUGAACAUUUGAGCGAAGAUGUUUGUUAUGGGUUAGCCGAAGAUAUCAGCUAUAAAUUAAGAUAUGUUAUACAUGAUUCGUUAAUUAAAGCUAGAUUAUCAGGUCGUAAUCAUAUAUUAUCGACAGAUUUAGAUGCCACAUUUCAAGAUUUAAAUAUUGAUAAAGUGUAUGGGGCUACUUCCACACCUAAUUGGAUUGGUUUUGGUGAUCAAAACCUAUAUUACCUUGAUGAUCCUAUGGUAAAUUUAAUUGAAUUAUCAGAACAACCCUGUUCUUUUACACAACCUGGGGAAGUUGUGGUUAAUAAAAAAUGGGUACCAGACACUAAAGAUACUGAAGUGAUGAGGAAUUAUUUUAAAACAAUGUGCUCAGCAAUUGUAUCUAAUAAUCAAGAAUUAAGUCAAUAUGCUUUAAAUGAUAUAAAGCAAAAUACGCAUAUUGGACCAAUAACCGAUUGGUUUUAUCAUUUUGGUUAUUUAUUGUUGAGUAAAGAUAUCACUUAUGAUAGUUUAACAACAAGCGCUUUAAGUUUAAUUAAAUGUUUAGAGCAAAAUCAGAUUGCUAUUUUAUCUGUGUCUGAAAAACCGUUAAAAUUGUUGGUGAGACUUCUAUUACAAAGAUUAUUAAGAGGAAUAACAACUCCCGAAGUCCUAAAACCAAUGUGUUCAGUUUUGGCGAUUCUUUGCGAAAGAUUACCACUCAGAGAAUUUGUUAUCGUCAAAUUAAACCAAAAAAUUAAAGACGACGACGCAAAAAUCAAAGAGAAUUUUUUACUUUCAAUAGUUUCAAUCAUAAAUGCGCUCGGUGUUGAUGCUAUUUUUGAAAUAUUUGUUCCGCUUAUGAAUUAUAUCCUUACAAGAAUUGAAGUGGAUCAAAAUUCAGAUUUAAUUUAUGCUAUUCUUCAAACUUAUACUAUUUUAAAUAGAGAAUGUGAUCACACUGAAGAAUUAGAUAAAGCUUUUUAUGAGACGUUCGGAGAUGGGAUUUGUCCAAUUUGGGAAAUUACACCUACUUUAAUUCCCGAAAAACAAGAAUCGAAUUGGUUCCAAAUAAAAAUUCAAUUAUUUAAGACGAGAAGAAAAAUUUUAUACAGCAAUAAACAUCAAACUCACAUUGAUAUCAAAGAAAUCUUUUCCGAUUAUGUUGAACCUGAUGAUGACGCUAUAUUAAAAUCGGAUUUUAUUGGUGAAAGAACCGGGAUACACUUUCAAAUAAAGCGCCUCAACGUUCGAAAACCGUUGCUUCCCGCCAUAACAGAUAUUGAACUAAGAAAUAGUUUGAGUAUUUACGGAACUGAUGAUUACAAUCCUGAUAUUAGCUUUUUAUCCGAACUUAUUAACUCUCAACCGACGCAAAGUGUUUUAAUUGGGAAAAGAUCUCUAUUAUUGUCUUGUGUUAAAGGGGAUAAAGUAAAAGUUAACAAUAGAAAUAGAUGUAAUGAUUAUAAUUUGAUGUAUUAUAAUUAUUAAAAUAAUUUAAAAAAAUAAAUGAAAUAAAUUAACAA